GAGUCUCAAUUUCAAUUUCAGAACUUUACUCUUGUCAAUUUUCACUGCUAUUCAGUUGUCACAAGUGUGACAUAAAUGUGCUUAUUUGAAAAAUCUGAGCUGAAAUUAGAAAGUAAAAUCACAAGAAAUAUAGUUUUUUUUAUUUUUACACAUAUAGAAAGUAAAAUUCGAAAUUAUGAGAAUGUAAAUAUAUUAUUUAAUUUCCUAAAAGAUUUUUUUUUUAAUAGUAUCAACUCAUUCAAUCCGACCUUACCAAAUUAAUCAAUAACAACUACAUACAAAAUACAAUGUACUUUAUAUUUGUUGGGCCUUAAAUAUUUGGGCCCCCAAUACACGAACUUCACCUACCUUAACCCUAACGCCGCCCUUGUUUUCCCUCUCUCGUGAAUACAAUGUCGGCAAUGAGAUUAGAUGCAUCGAAGCAAUAUUAUACAACAAGCAGUGUAGUAAUUGGCUACGCCUUGUGUUCCAGCUUACUCGCAGUUAUCAACAAAUUUGCUAUAACUAAUUUCAACUAUCCAGGCUUACUCACUGCAUUACAAUAUCUAACUUCAACAUUAGGUGUUUGGAUUUUGGGCAAAUUUGGUUUGUUACAUCAUGAUCCAUUUACAUUUGAAAAUGCGAAAAAGUUUUUGCCUGCUGCAUUUGUAUUUUACUUGGCGAUAUUUACAAAUACGAAUUUGUUACGUCAUGCUAAUGUUGAUACGUUUAUUGUGUUUAGAUCGUGUACUCCGUUGCUUGUAGCGGUUGCGGAUACGGCUUUCAGAAAGCAGCCGUGUCCGUCGAAAUUGACGUUUUUGUCUUUGGUGAUUAUUUUGGGGGGUGCGAUUGGGUAUGUUGCAACUGAUUCGGGUUUUACGUUGAGGGCGUAUUCGUGGGCGUUGGCCUAUUUGGUAACGAUUACUACUGAGAUGGUUUAUAUAAAGCAUAUGGUAACGAAUCUAGGGUUGAAUACUUGGGGAUUUGUGUUUUAUAAUAAUUUGUUGUCGUUGAUGAUGGCACCGUUGUUUUGGAUUAUUACUGGGGAGUAUGUUGAUGUGUUUAUUGCUAUAGGAGGAGGAGGAGGAGGAGGGAUGUUUCGUCGUGUUGCAUUUUUGGCAGUUUCCUUAUCGUGUGUGUUUGGAUUGCUUAUUAGUUUCUUUGGGUUUGCAGCGAGGAAGGCAAUAUCAGCUACUGCUUUUACGGUUACUGGGGUUGUGAAUAAGUUCUUGACAGUUGCGAUUAAUGUUGUUAUUUGGGAUAAACAUGCUAGUCCAUUUGGUUUGAUGUGUUUGUUGUUGACUAUUGCUGGUGGUGUUCUUUAUCAGCAAUCUGUUUCUGGUGUUACCAGUACUCCAGUGCAACGGGAUUCUGCUGUAUCUAAGCAGGAUAAUAAGAGUGACCACGACGACUAUGGAGAUAGUGAUGAAGAGAAGGGAUUAUCUGGUACCUUCUCCAGCCGUUGAAUAGCCCUACUAUUAUAGGGCAUGCCUACAGAGAGCACAACCAACUUGCAGACUGGCUUUGUCAACUUGGCUACUUCUGGGACUGCUGACACUUGUUUGGGAAUUUUUUGGGACACUGCACAUCAGCUAUCUGAAAUUCUGUAUGGAUCGAAUUGGAGCAAUGUCCAUCGUAUGAUUUCCUGUCCACAGUCAGCCUUUCUACUAACUGCUGUUCUACGUAUACUAGUAUUAGGAGUUCAUACUCUUUUUACUGUAUCAGCCACCUGUUGUAAUAUUGUGGCACAGCCACGACAAACUCUCGUGUAGACUUUUGUUAUAUAUAUUAUACUAUUAUUUCUACCGAAAAAAAUCAUGUAGAAAAUAUGUCCUGAUUUGGUAGUAAACAUUAGUUGACUUGUUAGUUGUUUUAUUUUUUCCA